AUGGCGAGUACCACAGCUACUGCUAUCCAAAGCAGUCACCCCCCAAUUCUCCCCAAAGAUUUCUCCGCUCAGCAGCCCCAAACCAUUCGACUUUAUCCCCUCUCGAACUACACAUUUGGAACCAAAGAGACACAGCCCGAGGAAGACCCAUCUGUACUGGCGCGCUUGAAGCGUUUGGAGGAACACUAUGACCUACAUGGGAUGCGCCGCACUUGCGAGGGCAUUCUUGUCUGCCAUGAACACAACCACCCUCACGUGCUGAUGCUGCAAAUUGCCAAUGCUUUCUUUAAGCUACCCGGUGAUUAUCUGCCCCACGAGGAGGAGGAAGUCGAUGGGUUCAAGAAGCGAUUGAAUGAGCGCCUAGCUCCUGUGGGUUCGCAGUUCUCGGGCGAAGGAGUGAAUGAAGACUGGGAGAUUGGCGACACGCUUGCCCAAUGGUGGCGGCCAAACUUUGAGACCUUCAUGUAUCCGUUCCUGCCGGGCCAUGUCACACGUCCAAAAGAAUGCAAGAAGUUGUAUUUCAUCCAGCUUCCAAAGAAGAAGGUCCUAUCUGUCCCGAAAAACAUGAAGCUGCUGGCGGUGCCUCUGUUUGAAUUAUAUGACAACACCGCUCGGUACGGUCCCCAGUUGUCCGCGAUUCCCCAUUUGCUCUCGCGCUACAACUUUGAGUUUGUCGACGAAAACGAUAAUGUUGUGGCAGUGACUCCGGGUACUCCUCUCCCGGAGCAUCAAGUUCCACGUACCAUCGUGCUCGCUGGGGGCGACGAUGGCCAGGAUACAGGUAUGACCGAUAUUGGGGCGGAGGAGAAGGGGCCGAACUCACACUAG